AACUGCCCGUCCAUUGAUUGCCAAACUUUAAGAGAGGUCAGUUUUCCUUUGACCAUUUGUGGUUUCCUCUUAUUUUAAGACUGUAGUUUUGCAGACUGGCUGUUGGACAUGGAUUUAAGAUUACUUGUACUCCUUUUCUGUUACUGCCAACAUUGCUGGACGGAGGAUGCCAUUACAGAGGACAAAAAUGUCUCAGUGAUUCCUCUUACACGGCUGACACCCAGCCAACCCAUAACAGCAGUAGUAAGCUCCAACGUGUCCCACACAGAAGAAUUAACUCCAGAUGGCUUUGCUACCUCUACCUCCACUGCUGAAAAUGACGAGAGCUCCUCAGAGGAAGACUUGGAUGAGCUGUGUGGUUCGUUGAAUUCUAAAGAACUCCGUCGGGCCGUAGCGAGAGGGAUUAUGAAGUUCGGUCUGGAGCUGUUGGAGAACCUGAAGUCCGAUCAAAAACAAUCUAAUAUUAUUAUCUCCCCCCUCAGUGUGUCCUUGGCACUUUCUCACUUGGCUCUGGGAGCGAGGAAUGAAACAGAAGAGCUCCUCCUUCAACAUCUACAUGCUGAUACAGUUCCAUGCUACCAAAAAGCACUGAAAAGCCUUCUCCACCAUGUGCGCAAAAAUGCCCUGCAAAUCGCCAGCCGCAUGUACCUGGCUGAUGGGUUUCAGCCAAACCAAAAGUUUAUGGAGGAGUCUCUCAGAGUGUUUGAUUCAAAGCCUGGAGCCUUGACUGAUUUGGAAGAGAUCAAUGAGUGGGUCGAGAAAUCCACAAAUGGUCAUGUUACAGACUUCCUCUCCAGUCUCCCUCCUAACCUUGUCAUGAUGCUCAUCAAUGCUGUGCACUACAAAGGAGAGUGGCUCUGGCGCUUUGACCCUCACUUUACCUCCAGUGAGCCUUUUUAUAUUGAUGAAAAUCAAAUAGUCAAUGUUGACAUGAUGCUUGGGCCAAAAUACCCACUCAGCCUUUUCAACCACAAUGAACUUGAUGCACAGAUAGCUCGAUUCCCGUUCAAAGGGAACAUGAGCCUGAUUAUUAUAAUGCCUGUAAUAGGAUCGGUGGACGUGUCAGCCAUUGCAGCCAAACUUAAUAUCUCAGAUCUUUAUAAUCACUUCCCACGAGAGAAAAGUAUGCAGGUUAAACUCCCAAAAUUCAAAUUGGAUUUCACUCAGGAACUCGAAGACACCCUGACAAGCAUGGGUCUAGGGGAGCUGUUCUCAAAUCCUAAUCUGGCUGGCAUCACAGAGGGACCCCUGCUGGUCUCCAGUGUAAAGCACAAAUCCAGCAUUGAGAUCAGUGAGGAAGGUGCAGAGGCUUCAGCUGCAACCAGUGUAGCCAUCAGCCGUUCCAAUCCUUCUUUUACAGUCAACCAGCCAUUUUUCUUGGCCCUUAUAGAGGAUUCCACUCAAACACCACUUUUUCUGGGGGUUAUUUCAAACCCUAAUCCUAGUGGAGGUUCUGUAACAUUAGGUCCAAGCCUCCCAGAUAAAGGAGAGAUGCCUAGUUCAAAGCAUUUUGAGAAGCCACCAAAGUAAGCAUGCUUAUUUAUGUCUUUAACACUGGCCUGCCUGCACAUAGCAAAUCAAGACCUGCAACCAAUCUGUGCUUGGUUACAAUAUGACAUAUUGGAUUUUUUUCAUGUUUCUUCUCACAUACAGUAUAUAUAUUCAGCUCAGCAUGACAUUUUAUCCCAAAAGCAUAUGUUUGAUGAUUAAAUAAAUGUAUUUUUAAAAAUGAA